AUGGACGACCUACCGCCAUUACAAAAAAUCGCUAUCUCCGGUUCAACCCUAGCCUCUCUAAUCCACCGCUUCUCCACCACCACCUCCACUUCCUCAAUCGAUGGCCUCCUCUUCGGCCACGUCACCUUCGUAACCCCUCUCAAUCUCUCCGACGACUCCUCCGAGGCUUCCCAAACCCUCCUCGCAACCGUAACCGGUUUCCUUACCUCCUCUUCCUUCCACGACGCCUCCGGCAAAAUCAACACCUCCUCCCUCCGUCGUCUCAUCCCUAAUUCCACUUCCCUCCUCGGUUGGUUCUCUGGUCGCCGCCGUACUCCCCUCCGUCCCUCACUCCGCGAAUUCUCAAUCACUUCUUCUCUCUCCCAGUUAUCUGCAUCCAUCAAACCCUCUCCCAAUUCAAAUCCCUUCCCUUCUUCAACCUCUUCUUCUUCCCUCAAUUUCAACCCGUGCUUGUUCUUUCUCCUCGCUUCCCCAAUUUCUGAUCAAGCCUCUCACAUUCACACUCACGAUUACCGCGCUUUCCAGUUCCUAACUGGAACGAAUUCAUUCAACCCGGUUUCACUCGAUAUCAUCAACAUUGGUCCCGCAUUUCGCGACCAUUAUGGAUCAUUUACCCCUAAUUCUCCAUUUCCUGCUCUUGAUUGUCAGCUCAGCUACUCUCCGAUGGUUCGCGACGAUGAUGAAGAGCGGCUGAGUAAGAUGAGACAGGCUUCUAAAGAUCAGAGGGAGUUGGAUGCUUGUGUGGAGGGGCUUGAGGUUGGUAAGUUGAGUAAAUUGAUGGGUUCUGAGGCUAAGAAUUAUACACAGAGUUUGGAAGAUUUGUACCUUAAAAUGCUUGUCAAGAUUGAGAAUUUGACUACCUUGGUUGAGCAGAGUUCGGCUAGGGUUCUAGAGCAGGAAACUCAUAAUAAGAAGUUGAGACAAAAAAUUAUGAGAUCGGCUGAAUAA